GAAGCAGAACUACGAGCCCUCACCGCCCAACUGGCAGAAUGGCACCUGAAAGUAAGGUAAGGUCGGGCCCACUAAUAGUACUAUCGGCGCGUCACGGUGCGACUACGGAAUACUAUCCCGUACUGUAGCUACAGACGACCUCGUUUGCUUCAGUCGCAAUGACUUCUUCUUCGAUACCAACGCAAAUAGCGGAGGCUGUUCAAUUCGGACACAUAGAUCGUCAUCCAGAUCCAAUACGCGACAAUGCGCCCGCGACAGCAGCCGAGAAGAGAGAGGUUGCAACCAUGGCACCCGAGCGACGUGAAUACGACGACGUAGAAAGCGAUGAGGGCGAUGACGAGAUCCCCGUGAGCGUGCUGCGGCCUGCUGCAACAUCACAAAAGCUCCCGCCUCUCCCAGACCUACGGUUCGAGCAGAGCUACCUACACAGCAUCGCCUCAGCGGAUACGUGGUGGAAAGUAAUGCUGAUAACAGCGCGAGACCAGGUCAUGAUGCCCUUGGUACAAGGCCUGCUAUACAAUUUGGCGCUCUGUGGGUGGCAGCAUUGGAACCGCAACGCCAGAUUACAUGGCAACACAAUCGGAGCUCGAGCGCGGAGAUGGUGGUGGGGAGUUAACAACUGGAACAUCCCGGACCAGAGAAGGUCAUAUCGCUGAAAGUCGAAGCGAAGCUGUAUUACCAUGUUUCACGCUGCCACGAAGAUUGGGCGGCGGCAUUUGCAAUGUUUUUUGUGAAAGCGAUGUCUAUACAAUUGUCGUGUCGUGGGAAAUCUUCGAUAUGCUAUCAUCUCUAUGUUGUUACGUUGUGAUGCAGCGGACGU